UGGAGGGUGUGAGGAAAGGUCUGCAGAUGGCGCUCUUCAGCUAACACUACAAUCGAGCUUUUGUUUUUGUGGUUCGUCACUUCCGGGUGUGCGAUGGCAAGACAGCAGUGGGUCAAGAGCGUGAGAAAACCCAGCUGAUUUUUUUUGACAGGUAAUGGGGGCAGACAGCGGUCCGGGAGCUCCUGCAGCUGUCCCGUGGCGUAAAGUGCUGUAUGAACGCCAGCCUUUCCCAGACAACUAUGUGGACCGGCGUUUUCUGGAGGAGCUGCGGCGCAACAUCCGAGUGCGUCAGUACCGUUACUGGGCGGUAGUGCAUGAGACGGGGCUCAUCGCACAGCAGGUGUCCUGCGUGGCUGUCGUUCUCACAUUAUGGUCUUAUAUGGAGCAGGGAGACCUGGAGCCAUCGAUGGUGUUGUGGGUCUGCCUGGGCUGUGCUCUGCUGGGCUACGGCCUCUACGAGAUCCUGGGAGACGCUUGUGUUCGGGAGCGCACACGCCUGGCUGAUCUGCAGAGCGCCACCAUCUUCCUGGCAUUUACCUUUGGGUUUUCACCUGUGUUAAAGACUCUGACCGAGUCGGUUAGUACAGAUACUGUGUACGCCAUGUCAGCCGUGAUGCUCCUGGCUCACUUGGUGUCCUUCCCGUACGCUCAGCCCAGUCCGCCGGGCAGUCUUUCCCUCAACGCGGCUCUUUUCGGGUCGGUGUGCCUGGCGUCUCGGCUGCCUGGCGCCCUGCAUACCUUCACCAUGCUGAGCUGCGCCCUCCUGGUGUUCGCUCUCUGGCCCUGCCUGCUGCACCGCAUGCGGAAGAAGGCGGAGUGGAGCUUCCCGUGGGCAGCGGUGCUGGUGUGUCUGGCUGGAGUCGGGGGUCUGGGUAGCCUGUGGCCCGAGGGAGCGCUUCUUCUCUCUCUGGCUCUGAUAACGUUAACAUUACUCUGUCCACUGUUACUAGUCCACCUGCAGAGGCACAAGGACAAUAUCCACGGUCCUUGGGACGAGGCAGAGAUCAGAGAGGAUCUGUCCCGCUUCCUGAACUGAAACUGUCUACAGGAUUUAAAGGGACAGUUCACCUAAAAAUGAAAAUUCUGGAAAUCAUUAACUCACCCUCAAGUUGUUCCAAACCUGUAUGAAUUUCUUUCUUCUGCUGAACACAAAAGAAGAUAUUUUAAAGAACCAAACAUUUGAUGGACCCCAUUGACUUCCAUUGUAUGGAAAAAAUACUAUGGAAGUCAAAGGGGACCAUCAACUGUUUGGUUACCAACAUUGUUUAAAAUAUCUUCUUUUGUGUUCAGCAGAAGAAAGAAAUUCAUACAGGUUUGGAAUAACUUCAGGUAGUAAAUGAUGACAAAAUUUUCAUUUUUGGGCGAACUGUCUGUUUUAAAUGCUUCUGAGAGUCUUUUGCACUUUGAUUAAAGGGAUAGUUUAUCCAAAAAUUAACUCAUUUACUCUCUUUUAUGUCUUUCCAAACCUGUUGUGUAGAACACAAAAGAAGAUAUUUUGAAUAUCUUUUGUUCCACAGAAGUAAAGUCACACAUUUUUUGAUCAACUUGAGGGUGAGUAAAUAAUGACAGAAUUUUUGUUUGUGGGUGAACUAUCCCUUUAAGCUCAGGGAUGAAUAAGAACUGUUUUUGGGAAAUAUCUCAUUUUGCCAAUAUAAAACUUAACUAUUAAAUGAGUGAACCUCAUUAAAACAUGUCUAGGUCACAUUAAAUAAAAUAUGUAUUUAUGUUUUACUUAAUAGAUAAUUCCCCCACACAGCUAUAGCUUGCAAAUUGUAUUUUAAUGCAACGUUUCUGUCAUGUGACCUUCAUCGGUCACUAUUUUGGUGCCCGAUAAAGAUAGCACGAACUAAAUGUUGCAUUAAAAUAUGAUUUGCACGCUAUUGCAGUGUUCUUCUGUUUAUUCGUACGCACAUGCUUACAGGAUUUACAAAGGAUUUAUUUGUUUUGCCAGGAAAUGAAGCCCAUUUUCAAGAUCAAAUCUUAAUGGUCCUAAAAAAAGAUUUUGAAAAUCUUAAUUUUUAUAAGCCAAAAUAUAUCAUUUUGAUUUUAGUGUUUGAUCCAGACAUGUUUUCUGAUUCACCAAAAUGGUAUACAUGGGAGUAGGGAGUUUUUUUUUAACAGUAUUUAUAUAAAUGUAUAUAUUGCCAAAUUGCUAAAUUUUUAAAUGGUUUUAAAAUACUACAAUUUUAACACAAUGUAUUGGAAAUAAAUGUUGUUUUUAAACAAUGUUAAACAUGUAUAAUUGUUAAUGUUAAAAAUAUACAAUUAUAAUUGUUACAAGCCCUUUAGAUUUAUUUUAAUGGAGGUGACAGAAAAUCCAUUAACUGUGCAAUUGUUGAAACUGUUGUGGACAAACUGUUGACCACAAGAUGUCAGUCCUCUAUCAGUCCCAGGCAUUGCUACAGCGUUCAUGUUUUGUUCAUCUGAAACAGCACAGCAGCAGUCGGCAGAACAUUUCUGCCAGUGUUCAACUGAAAGAAUGUACAGUAAUAAGCCUUUUUGGGGUUUUUUUUAAGUGUCAUUUAUAACUGACAGAAUAAGAGCUUAUAUAUGAACAGUCUGUGUGACACUGCACUUAAGCUGCCAAAAUAAAGCAUUCUGUGCAACAUC